AGGUCCAUUAGGUCCAUCUUUUUAAAAAUCACACAUGAGUCAAAGUUGUGACUUCUCUUUAUUUUUAAUAUAUAAGAUACGUGAAAGAGGGACGAAGAUAAUUAACAAGUUAGGGUUGGGUCGCCGCUGAUGGAUAUACGAGAAGAAGAAACGGGAGAUGGGGAGAGAAGAAUACAAUCCAAAGAAGACGGUAAGUUUUCCGAGCUGACUCUUGAUCUGACUCUUGAGAUACUCUUGAGACUGCCCGCUAAAUCUGCCGUAAGGUUCCGUUGCGUCUCGAAGCUAUGGUCGUCCAUCACUACUCGUCCAGAAUUCAUCAGAUCGUUCGCGAUCCAGUCUUCAAAACAGCCGUGUCUUCUUGCCUGCGUCGAUGCAAGCUUAAGCGGCAAGCGCUUAUUUAUCUCUCUGCCCCAACAUGUGCAUCCGGAUGAAUCUGACUACUCUUAUGUGGACCGUUUGGAACACUGUGAGGUAAAUGCUCUUGUUGAUGACGAACCGAUGUCCGAAUCUGUCCACGGCUUGGUAUGUUUCGGGAAUUUUAACAGGAUAGUAGUUUGGAAUCCUUCGAUGAGACAACAUGUUACCUUACCCGAACUCGAACCCAGGGUCAGGUAUAUACGUAGCUGUUUAGGAUACGAUCCAGUCAGCGAUAAGUAUAAAGUAUUGUGCAUCUCAGGCAAAAGAUGCCAAGAUCCUCUUGUUUUCACAUUGGGACCUCAAGAAUCAUGGAGAGUGACCCAAAAUAGCCCUAGACACUUCCCUACAAACACCAUGGGACGAAUAGGUAUAUGCAUCAACGGGCAUGUGUAUUAUCAAGCAACAAUACCUUAUAAAGUGGAUAACAGUUACCAAGAGGAAAAAUUACUUAUGAGCUUCGAUGUGAGGUACGAAAAGUUCAGCACAAUAGAAAAACCAGCUGAUCCUACACUUCGCAACUUUUUGCUCAACUAUGAAGGAAAAAUAGCAUGGGGUUGCACCAGCUUCUCUUCUAUAAGGUUUUGGGUUUGGGGGGAGGGGGAGAAACAAGAAUGGUCGCUUAGAAACUUUAUUUUGCCUUUUCCAGGCUUUCGUCAAAGGGACCCGGUCUUUGAAUGUUUACUGGAGCUGAAGGGUAUUACUCAUGAUACUGGUGAGUUCAUUUUUGCAACGAUGCAUGAUGCAUUUUAUGUUCUAUAUUAUGAUCCAAAGAGAGAGCGUGCAAAGUGGAUCGAAUAUGAAGGCAUUGGAGACCAAGAAUUCUGGAUUCGUAAUGGAAUUUUACGUGGCACCUAUUACAGUGUCGAUUGGUUUCCCAAUCACAGUGAGAGUCUCAUGUCUUUGGAUAACGUCCCUGGCCUACAUGGAGUCUUGGGCCGGUCGGGUCACCCCGGUUAAAUUAAAAGUUAGCAUUUGGACUUAGUAACGCCUUCUAUUAUUGAAAUUUUGGUUGAAAGUUAAAUUGUUUUCCCUUCCAGUUCACGUUAGAUGCUUUCCAGUGACCCCUUUUCUCAUUUUUUUUUUAUUUUAAUAAUUUUUGCAAAGACUAAAUAAUGGAUCAUGGAUCAUGGAUCAUACAAAGAUCAGUGUAAUUCUGUCUAAGGUUCAAACGCCUAUCCUCUGCAACAUCCUUAUGAAAAACGUGUCUUGCCAACACGAUAUAGAGAGGGAACAGGUUUUGAGUUUGUACCCCAGCAUCUUCUCUGAAAGGAACACAAUCAUGUAUAUUUUUCAACGCAAUAAGAUAUUGAAAUCCACCAACGGGCAAAGUCUCAAAAAACUUAGAAAGCAUCUAGGUGUCGAAGAAGAUUUCAAUGGUCAAGAACUUAGUUUGAAAUGCUUAAUUAUACAAAAUCCCCAUUGUUGUCCGUAUAACACUACAAGAGAAAAGCCUCGACUCCGAAAAUGGUUUCCGAGAGUGUGAGUUAUCAGAAAUUUGCUUUGUCUUUGUGUACCGAGACAUUAUGAAUUUCAUGGGAAACUUCUCAGAAAUUUUCGAUGAUCAAUAUUCGUGAAAAUUUUAUCGGAAUAAAUCGGGACUUGUCGGAACUAAAACAACUUCCGAGAGUUUUCUUUUGUCGAAAUUU